AUGUGCCAUACCUCAGGCCUAGGGGUACCCACUCUGGUAGCCAAGAGUGCUCAUGAGAGGAAAGGACCUGAUCUUCAGGUUUGCAUAUCUAAAAAGCCAACAUGUUGCACAAGGAAGAUGGAGGAGAGAUACCAAAUUGCAGCUCGCCAAGAUCUGCAGCAGGUGCUUCAAGCAUCCACCUCUACAUUAAAGCUGCUAAUAUCUCGAAAUGCAGCUGCUUUUCAAGAAACCCUUGAAACUCUCAUCAGACAAGCAGAAAAUUAUACCAGUAUACUUUUUUGCAACACCUACAGGAACAUGGCCUUAGAGGCUUCUGCUGCAGUUCAGGAGUUCUUCACUGAUGUAGGGCUCUACUUAUUUGGUGUGGAUGUUAAUCCUGAAGAAUUUGUAAAUAGGUUUUUCGACAGUCUUUUUCCUCUGGUCUACAACCAUCUCAUUAAUCCCAGUGUGACUGACAGCUCCUUGGAAUACUCGGAAUGCAUCCGCAUGGCCCGCCGGGAUGUUAGUCCAUUUGGUAAUAUUCCCAAAAGAGUAAUGGGGCAGAUGGGAAGAUCUCUGCUGCCCAGCCGCACAUUUCUGCAGGCCCUCAAUCUGGGCAUUGAAGUCAUCAACACCACUGACCAUCUUCAUUUCUCCAAAGAGUGCAGCAGAGCCCUCCUAAGGAUGCAGUACUGCCCUCAUUGCCAGGGCCUGACUCUCAGUAAGCCCUGUAUGGGGUACUGCCUCAAUGUUGCCAGGGGCUGUCUUGCCCACAUGGUAGAGCUUAAUCCACAUUGGCAUGCAUAUAUCCAGUCCUUGGAAGAGCUUUCAAAUGCAAUGCAUGGAACCUAUGAUGUUGAACACGUGCUCCUGAACUUCCAUUUGCUUGUAAAUGAUGCUGUGAUUCAGGCUUACCUCAAUGGACAAAAACUAGCAGAACAGGUAAAUAAGAUUUGUGGCCAUCCAGUAAGAACACCUACACAAAGCCCCCCUUGUUCUUUUGAUCCUAGCAAGGAGAAGCAUGGAAUGAAGAUCUCCACAAGGAAUGGUGAAGAGACACUUGCCAACAGAAGAAAGUAAGACAUUUGUUUUACAACCAGAA